CACGCCUGCUUCACUUCUGCUGCGAAAAGCUUAUUGCUUGAACUAUUGGUGUAUUGUUGGGAAUUGCUAUAAAAAAAAUCUCACGUAAGCAAUGGAAAUCAAAUGCAACUGUGCACUUAUGACAAUAGUGAUUGGUUUUGCUUUAAAAUUGGUCAAUGGACAAGAAGAUUCUGACCGAUUAUUAUCUGCUUUCCGUGUGCAAGAUGACAGCGUCUUCAGAAAGGAGAUAGAUCUUGGAAUUUCUGACAAUGAUGGAUAUCGUACUCACGGGGAUUCUGAAACCAGAGCAGAGCUUAUGACGUGUCAGAAAGCAGCUGAAUUUUGGAACGAAACUGAAUUAUCAUCAAUAUGUGAUGGUCGAAGUUCGUUUAUGAAGCGAUAUUCAUCCAUAGAUGGGUCUUGUAAUAAUUUACGGAACCUUUUCUGGGGAAAAAAUCAAAGACCUUUCAAUAGAAAUCUGGAACCCGAUUACUGCGACAAUAAACAAAUGCCGAGAUGUAGCGCCACAGGUUUUCCUCUUCCUAACGCCAGACGCGUGAGUACUAGUAUGCAACUUGAAGACGUGGAUCCUUCAAAACAUCAUUCUGCUAUGUUGAUGCAGUGGGGACAAUAUAUUUCACAUGAUUUUUCAUUCACGCCGAUGGCUACAGACCAACAAGGCCAGAAACUUGAAUGCAAUUGCGGAAUGUCUUUGCUUCAAUCUUGUUACAAUAUUCGGGUUUCAGUUGCUGAUAUAGAACUUGGAAGAACCACAGGAUGUAUACCUUUGUCUCGAUCUGCUGGAACUGUGCCAAAUGGCUGCACAAAAAAUGUUUAUAGGGAACAGGUCAAUCAGAUAACAUCUUACAUCGACGCGAGCACUGUGUAUGGAUCCACACAGACACUACUGGAAACAUUGUCAAACGAACACCAAAGCACUAUGGAAGUAUCUAAUUCACCAAUGGAAUAUUUACUUCCUGAAUACGACAAGGUGUCAACAACGUUCAGCAAUAAAUUCAAAUGUCCCGGACCUGAAUCACACGGAAAAUGUUUUGCUGCAGGAGAUUUCAGGGUGAAUGAAACACCUACUUUGACUUUGAUUCAUCUUUUGUGGGUUCGAGAACACAAUAGGAUUGCUGAGCGUUUGAGGGAAAUAAAUCCAAGGUGGAGUAAACGAAGAAUUUUCUGGGAGACAAGACAAAUCAUCAUUGCUCAGCAUCAGCAUAUAACAUAUUCAGAGUAUAUGAAAGAAAUUUUAGGUGACGAAAUGGCCCUGUCUAUUUAUGAUGGAGAAUCUCUUUCACAAUACAAUCCCGAAGUAGACCCUACAAUUUCAAACGCAUUUGCAACUGCAGCUUUUCGGUUUGGACACAGUCAAGUUACGGACAGUUUUGUUCAGCCACAGCAGGCUUCUUCCAGCACAGAGGAAAUGAGUGACGACAGUUUGAAUGUUGCGUUUUUUAACCCUUCAAGCUUAUACAAUAAUAGUAUAGGUCCAAAUGGGCUGUCUACUUGUCUGCUGUCAACUCCGGGAAACGAGAUAGACGGCGAAUUCACCAAUGCACUCAGAAACAGAAUGUUUGCGAACGGAAGUGGCCCAGGACUUGACUUGCUUGCACUUAACAUUCAAAGAGGUCGGGACCACGGAAUACCUGGAUAUAAUAAAUGGCGCCAAUGGUGUGGAUUUUCAACUAUUUCGAUGAUGGCAGAUUUGAACGUUGUGUUCAACGAAAAACAAUCCAAUAUGCUUCGAACUUUAUACAGGUCAGUGGAAGAUAUAGAUCUUUAUGUCGGUGGUUUAUUGGAGAAAGCUGUUCAAGGCAGUACUGUAGGACCAACCUUUGCCUGUAUAUUGAAAAAUCAAUUCGUCAAAUUAAAGCAAGGAGAUAGAUUCUGGUUUGACAACCAACCUCCUAAUGCUGUUUUCAAUCAAGAACAAGUACGUGAGCUUCGAAAGACUACGUUGGCAAAAGUAAUUUGUAACAACAUGCCACAAUUAACAAACAUUCAACCAUCAGCUAUGAGGCUUCCGAACGUAUUGACCAAUACACCAGUACCAUGCAAACUUCUUCCAAAUGUAGAUUUGAACAUGUGGAGAGAUUCUUCAAAUACCGGAGAUCAACAAGUUAUUAUACAAAAACCUGACGUUCAUCGUAAAACUAUGUCGAGUAUACUCGGUUGGGGUGGACUUUUUCUUCUGAAUUAUCAACCAACGAUAACGUUAUAUGCAGAUUCUGGUUACACAAAACCAUUGAAACCAGGCGCCCACAAACGUAUAGGAGAAAUGGUCUUUGUCGAGGUGGGGUACGAUGAAAGACGCGAAAACUAUUUAAAAGAAACUGUGCCUACCCUCGCGGGAAUCGAAGUGACUGACUGCACGGCAUAUUCUGAAAGUAACUCCAAAUAUCGCCAGCAGAGCGUACAGUUGAUUCUAAAUGGUUGUCCGAAUCAAAAUAUUGGACUACCGAUAACAACCAUGAAAUCAUUAUCCAACUUCCGCUUCCGUUUCCGUUAUCAAAACUUCUCACUCCGAGGAAGUAAAGUGGAUAUUUCGUGCACAAUUGGCCUCUGCUUCAAGAGCAAUGGAAAGUGUUCGAGCAAGGUUUGUUGAAGAUGUGACAAGGGAGUAGGCGAUGACGUGUAAAGAUAAGACAUCGUCAAAGAUGGAUCAAUAAUAUCAUCUUUCGGACAUAUUUCACAAUAAACAUUUUAUGCCGUAUUAUGACAUUGGAUGGUCAUGGCAUUGCUUUGAGAAAUUUACUGAUAUCAGCUAGAAUUUUACUAGGGUCUACCAAGACUAUCAAAAAAUUUAUCAUAAGACCACAUGAUAAUAUUUUUAAACUGGUUAACUAAAUUUCAUUUACACCAUGUAUACCAUUGUACAUAAAUAAAGUUAUUAAGCGGU